ACGGAAGGAAAUCGUUUAGCCCGGAAGACUGACCCACCCCCGAAUUCUCGACACAAACCGAAGCAAGGAAAGUCGCGAUCUCUUGCUGUAGAACACAAGGCGCAUCCGCAGUUAGACAAGAUGUAUCAUCCUACGAGAGGUGGUGUUCGCGGCGGUCGUGACCAGUUUAGUUGGGAAGACGUGAAGGUUGACAAACAUAGAGAGAAUUAUCUUGGUCACAGUAUCAAGGCUCCUGUAGGAAGAUGGCAGAAAGGGAAAGAUCUACACUGGUAUAACAGGGACAAAAAAGCUUGGGAUUCAGAAAUGGAAGCUGCAAGAGAAGAAAUAAAAAGAAUUAAGGAACAGGAGGAGCAGGCCAUGAGGGAGGCCCUAGGCUUAGCUCCUAAGCGUGCUAGCCGAGCUCAAGGUAAUCGGCUUGAUAAGCAUGAGUUUUCUGAACUUGUGAAGCGAGGCUCUACAGCAGAGGACUUGGGUGCAGGCCAUGCUGAAGCUGCUCAGGUUCAAGGUCUUGGUUUCUCAAGAGCACCCCGUCCUUGGGAAGAAAUAAGUUCUCUUCAACCCACAGUGGAGGAUGUUUCACCUCAAGCAGGAAAAGUGGCUCUGCCCGAUCAGUCACCAAGUAACAACAUUCAAGAGAAGGAAUCCGAUGAUGAAAGUAGUCGAAAGAAAAGAAGGCGCGAAGAGAAGAAACAAGAUAAGCGUGAAAGGCGUGAGAAGCGGCAUUCCCGUGAUUCAGAUGACAAGAGGAAACGCAGGAAAGACAAGGGAAAAAGGAGGCACGACUCUGAUUCUGACUAAUUCUUCUAUAGAAAUCUGAAGUCGUGUUUCAUUCUUCUAUCUUCAUGACACAUCUUUUUUAAUCACUUUGGAAUUAAUUGAACUUUAUAAAUUUUAAAUGGGGAUUUUAUUUAUGUA